AUGGCCACUCUCGAUUCUCUCAAGUCGGCCCUCAGGCAGAGGGCAGCCACAGCACCACAAGCACUGUCGCCGUUGUCUGAAGCACAGUACGGCGCCGGGUUUGACAUGUUUGUCAAGGAUUCGGCAUGGGCGACCUACCAAGACUUCAUCAUACCUCAACUGUCCCAGCUUGUCGCCCCUCUACUCAACCGACGUGCUCGCCUGUCGGUGCUCGAGAUUGGACCGGGCCCAAAGAGCGUACUUGGAUAUCUGCCAGAGGACCACAGGCAGAAAAUCACAAGAUAUGCUGCAUAUGAGCCUAACAGGCUCUUCGCUGCAGACUUAGAGAAGGUGCUGGAGUCUGGUUCAGAACAGGAGCUGCCUCUGCCUUGCCUGGAAACACCCCCCGACAUUCGCCGGGUUCCAUUUGCCCUGGACGGCAACAACUGCAUGAACGCAGGCGAAGAGGGAUUCGACCUCAUAUUAUUCUGUCACAGCAUGUACGGGAUGCGUCCUAAAGCCAAGUUUGUCGAGCGGGCACUAAGCAUGCUUGAUGGACGAUUUGACGGUGGAAUGGUAGUGGUUUUCCACCGUGCUGGCAACCUGCACUUGGACGGCUUGGUGUGCCACUCUACGGCGACCUUCCCUUCCGGUGUCGUCCGGGUUACGGAUGACGACGAGGUUCUGGAUGUCUUCGCUCGCUAUGUUGCUGGGUACGCUGUCAAUGAUAUCGACCAAGAGUCUGCCAGCAUUAGAUCCGACUGGCGUGGGUUGUGUCGCACCCUAGGCCGCCGUGAAAUCGUGUACCCUGAUCACAUCAACUUCAGCGCACCCGAAGUCAUGGUGGCACUAACGAGACAUGCCACCUCCCUACCAGAGCUGACGGCUCAAGUGCCACUGCUCAUCAGUGGCCCACAGACAAAGAUCAAGAACCGCCAAGCACGUCUUCACCGUCCAGCUGCAACCUUCAGGCCCACAGAGAUCCGACACAUUCAGCAUUGUGUCAAAUGGGCGCUGAAGAACAAGACCAAGUUGACCGUUGUCAGCGGGAGUCACAGCGACCAGUGCUUGUGGCCCAACGUCGUCGCAGUCAACAUGGGGUCUUUUGACAAGGUCGAAAUCUGCGCGGCUGAAGACGGAAACGCAACAUGUGCUUCCGAGCCCAGUGUCUAUGUCAUUGUCGAGACCGGUGCAAACACUGGCGACAUCGUUAAAAAGACCAUGGCGGCUGGCUUGACGGUACCCCUGGGAUCCCGCCCAAGCGUCGGUGCAGGCCUUUGGCUCCAGGGCGGGAUCGGGCACCUGACCAGGCUGCACGGCCUGACAUGCGACUCCAUCGUAGGAGCCAUCCUAGUCAGUGCUGGCUCCGGUCAGGUCCUCUGCGUCGGCAACGUGCCAAGCUCACACCAGCCGGCCGGCUCCGACCGCCCGGAGAACGAGGCUGAUCUGCUCUGGGCGAUACGAGGUGGUGGUACAAACUUUGGUGUCGUGGUGAGCGUCACCUUCAAAACCUACGCAAACCCAACCUAUUCGGUCCGAAACUGGAUCCUUCCUCUGGAAGGCGACACAGAGGCGCACCUCAAACUUGUACAGUUCGAUGAGCUCAUCGCCGACAGGCUUCCAAGACACUGCUCGGCCGACGCCUAUCUGUACUGGGACGCGGGAAAGAUGCAUCUCGGUGUGACCACGUACGAAACUUCUGCCAACGGACUCGCCUUGCAGACAACGCAGACCAUCCACGCGGGUGAGGUAUUGGGACAGGAAACCUCAUCCAAGGUUGUUGAUGGCGUCGGUCUAUUCGAUACCGAAAUGUACAUGUCUGGAAUGCAUGGCGGCCACGCAGGGGGCAAGACCUCAUCGUUCAAGCGAUGCAUGUUCCUGCGACACAUCGGAGCUAAAGCCACCGCCGGUGUCCUACUAGAAGCCAUCAAAACUAGACCCUCGCCACUCUGCUAUCUCCAUCUACUGCACGGUGGGGCAGCCGUGAGGGAUGUAGCAGCCGAUGCCAGCGCCUUCGGCUGCCGAGACUGGGACUUUGCUUGCGUAAUCACUGGCGUCUGGCCCCGUGAGCAAGACGGUACUCAAGCCUCCGAGACUGCCAUACAGUGGGUGUAUGAUGUCGUCGGAGCCUUGCUUCCCAUGAGCACCGGUAUAUAUGGCGCCGACUUGGGCCCUGAUCCUCGAGACGUUGCGCUGGCCACCAAGGCGUUUGGACCAAACCUCACCCGCCUGGCACGCCUCAAAACGAGCUCCGACCCGUACAACAUCUUGGCAUACGCCUUUCCCCUCCCGGGGGUGCCCAAGGACCCAAAAGUCAUCAUCUUGGUCACCGGGGCACACGGGGCAGGCAAGGAUUAUUGCGCUAAGAUCUGGGCUUCCGUGUUCAACAGCGACCCAGCCCGCAAAGAUCCGACGGCAUGCGCAAUUAGCAUCAGCUAUGCGACCAAACGAGAGUACGCCGACGCCACAGGUGCCGACUUUGACCGACUCAUCUUGGACCGCCCUUACAAGGAGCAACACAGAACAGAAUUGAAUGCAUUUUUCAAAAGUCAGAUACGACGACGACCUCGUCUCCCCGAGGAGCAUUUCCUCAAGGUAGUCCGUGACGCUGCACCCAUUGACGUAUUGCUCAUAACCGGCAUGAGAGAACAAGCACCAGUUGUAGCCCUGUCGCACCUGGUACCAAACAGCAAGCUGGUCGAAGUUCAUGUCACCGUAAGCGAAGAAACGCGGCAGGUUCGUCGAGGAUUUCGCAAGAGCCGCGCUGCUGGCGACAAUAACUGCGCCGCUGAGGACGAAACGGACGACAAGAGCAUGAAGCACGAUAGGCUGAGCUCCAUGACCUCGCCGGAUUGCCCAAACUUCGUCUUCGAGAACAAUAUUUCUGGCAGCAAAGCAGCAGAGGCUUUCGUUCAAGGCAAAUUGCUGCCACUUAUCAACAAGGACCUACAGCGCCUGGCACAAAUGAUACGCUCAGUGCCAGACCACCCACGCGAGGGUAUCGAAUUUCGCCACGUGCUCGACAUCGCACAGCGUCCCGGCGGGCUCGACCUGUGCUCGUCCGUGCUGCAGAGCCACUUCGCCGGCGACUGGGCCAAAGUCGAUGCGCUAGUCUGCUGCGAGGCGGGCGGCUUCCUUUUCGCAUCGGCAUUGGCGACGCGGGUCAAUGUGCCCCUGGUGCUGGUCCGCGAGGCAGGUAAACUCCCGCCGCCGACCAUCUCCACGAGCAAGCUCCCUUCGCACAUCUCAUCUCCAGUGCUCGGCGACUCUAAAUUGGGUAGAAUAGAGAUGGGUCUGGAUGCGCUCGCUCCGGGUGCGUCCGUGGUGGUCGUUGACGAUGUGCUCGCCACCGGGAGAACGCUUUGCGCAGUACUGCAACUGCUCAAAAAGGCCGGUGUCCAUGAAAAGAACGUGAAUGUCAUGGUAGUUGCCGAGUUCCCUAGUCAUCGAGGACGGGAUGCUGUGCGCCAACGUGGCUUUGCAGAGACCUGCCUUCAAAAUCUUCUGGUUUUUGGUGGCCCCUAG